AUGAUUAAUUUACAAACUAAAAUAAGGAUGAAAAUAAAUUCUUCACAGGUUUUAUAUUUCACUCUGAGUGCCUACGUAGAUAUCAGUACGUGCACAUACUGCAUAUUUAUGAUUGUUAUGAGUAUUUAUGUGUUAAUCAUUGGUUGUAAUGUUGUUCUGAUCGUGGUCAUCUGUGUGAACAGGAGUCUUCAUGAACCCAUGUACAUGUUUCUGUGCAGCUUGUUUGUAAAUGAGCUGUAUGGAAGUUCAAGCUUGUUUCCAUUCCUGCUGGUCCAGGUUCUCUCAGAUGUUCACACUGUUUCUGCUCCUGUUUGUUUCCUGCAGCUCUUUUGUCUUUAUUCAUAUGCAAGUGUAGAAUUUACUAACCUAGCUGUGAUGUCUUAUGACAGAUAUGUUGCUAUCUGUCACCCUCUGCAAUAUAAAACAAUAAUGUCACAAAGAAGAAUUGUUUUUCUGAUAUGUCUCAUAUGGUUGCCUCCUUUUUUAGCCGUCAGUGUCACAACCUUUUUGAGUUUAUCUUUGCAGCUCUGUGGGAACAUCACUAACGACAUUUACUGCAACAAUCACUCCAUCAUAAAACUGGCCUGUUCCGAGCCCAGAGUUAAUAAUGUCUACGAGCUUGUCAUGACUUUUCUGACAGUCUGCGUUCCAGUGUCUGUGAUCCUUUACACCUACAUGAGGAUCCUUAAAGUUUGUUUUUCUGGAUCCAAACAGACGCGACAGAAAGCCGUCAGUACCUGCACACCUCACCUGGCUUCUCUGCUCAACUUCUCU